AUGAGAGCCUGGCUCUUUCUUGCAAUUUUGUCAGCUGGGGCGCUAGCUCAGGAGCCGGAUUGCUCGCCCGGAUCCUUCUAUGUGGAUGAAUACGGAGCUUGUAUACAACCGGAGAAUGAUGUCGCUCCGAUGGGUUACGCUGAGAUGUAUUGCCAGGCACUCGGUGGCCAUCUCCUCUCGAUUCCAAAUUCAUUCAUCAACUCGAUGAUCACUGGAAUUCAGCUCACAAGAUUGACGCAAAAGCGUGGCUACCUGGGGUUGCAGAGGGUAAACGGCGUAUUCGUUUGGACGGAUGGAACCGUCACUAAUUACACCAACUGGGCAAAUGGAGGGCCGGGCAAUGGGGAUUGUGUCUAUUUGGAUUCUAACGACAAAUUUUGGAGAACGGAAAAUGCGGCUCUGUCUUGCCCACCCGGAUCGACCUAUGUUGAUGAGGUCCAAUCGUGUCUGCAUGCUGACAAUAAUUUGGUCUCUUUCGCAUUGGCCGAUAAGUAUUGCCAGGCCUACAACGGACAUCUCUUCUCGAUCCACGAUCUUGAUACGGACAGUUUCUUGACGGGUGUAUCGUAUGCAGAGAUCAGCAGGGGAUAUUUCUACAUUGGUGGGCGAAAGAACGGCACCUCGUGGACGUGGACUGAUGGAACACCCUGGGAUUAUGACAACUGGAAUGCCGGUGAACCCCGUUUGAAUUGCGUUUCCGUUGAAAAGCGGACGGCCAAGUGGACGUCCGUCGACUGCUCGAACCCUCUUCCCUUCAUGUGCAGCAUCCCGCAAAUCAUAAAUGGUGGCUGCACAACUACCGCGUGGCCCACCACACCACCAGCGACCGACCACUCCGACUCCACAUACAUGCCACCAACUAUCGCUCCUCUCACUUGCCAAAAUCCGUCUGUUCAACCUCUCUACACUUGCUACAACGGCUGGCAAUAUUUCCCAAACACGGAUAGCUCAUAUCUUGUCGGCUACAACUCAACCACCUCAGCGGCAGAAGCUUAUUGUCAAAACCAGGGGGGUCAUCUUGCUUCCAUCCAUAGUGACGCGGAAAAUAAGUUCCUUUGGACAAUGUGCUGCCCGACUUCUUGCUCUACACGAUCUUUUGGAGACUACGGGGGAUCAUUUCUGACUGGUGGCAAAAGGGUUGCUGGAAAAAUGACAUGGAUUGAUGGGACGCCUCUCGAUUACGAGCAAACGAUCUGCGAGGAUUCUCGUGAUUCGGACAUUUUAAUGAUCGGGGACGCCACCUGUACAGCUUGUCUACCUCCAAACGCACAUGGCACGAUGACCGCCGAUAACGAGGCAGCCAGAGAAGAGGCACGAUUCAUCUUGCAAAUGCACCAAAUAGAGUGCGGUCCCGGUCACGAGUUCCUUUUGUGCAUUCCUGAUUCGGCCGCAAACGAUUUGACACCUCGUCCUAUUCCCGAAGGGUUCACUCUCGGUCCACUGAGAGCCGAAGAUGUCGACUUUGUUUUGCAUCAUUGGCCUUACGCAGCCUCGGACGAAGCAGAAGCCUUAAAG